AUGGGCACUUGCUUGUCAUCCCUACAUUGGCCAGCUGUUCGGCAAAAAGCAUCACCUGAUCAGUCUUCCUUCUUGGGCCGCAGCAUCAAGCAUGCCGCCGCAUGCCGCAUGUCGUUCUCCGCCUACCGCCUCGCUGGCCCGUCAUUCUCUCGCGAUACCUGCAAGACCUGCAAGGGGACCUUCAGUGACCGUCAACUCGUUGUGUUGAUACUACCCAAUCCCCUCCUCGGCCACCUUUACUCGCCCACUCUCGCCUGCCAGCUAGCCAAUCUGCACGACCGUCACUGUGCGUGCCCCAAGCACAUCAAUCCAUUCGAACCGAAAACCGGCCGUUGA